AUGUUCAAACAAAUCAUCAGCACAAAACAUCAACAUUUUUCAUCUUUAUCAUUAACUAGUAAUUUAUUCCGAUGCUAUGCGACACAAACCAAGAGUUCGGGACGAUGGCUAGAUAGACAGAGGAGAGACACUUUUGUUAAACAAGCAAAAGCACAAGGAUAUAGAUCCCGAGCUGCCUUUAAAUUAUUGGAAAUUGAUGAGAAAUGGGGAAAAUUCUUGGAAAAAUCAAAAGUAAUAAUUGACCUUGGAGCUGCACCUGGAAGUUGGUCACAAGUGGCUGCCGAAAAGAUGAAAUCUGGAGGAAAAUUAAUAACAAUUGAUAUUCUCGAUAUGGAACCUUUAAAGAGUCCACCCAAUAAGAAUUUACAAAUUAUUCAAUUGAAAGGAAAAUUUGAGGACAGUAUUCCUCAAUUGAGGAGUUAUUUAAACGAGGGUGAAUUUGCCGAUUGUUUACUUUCUGAUAUGGCUCCAAAUACGAGUGGAGUUAAAUCUCUAGAUCACAAUAGAAUUAUAUUUUUGUGUAAUACUUCGAUAGAUUUUGCUUUUGAGGUGUUAAAACCAGGUGGUUGUAUGUUAAUGAAAAUUUUUAGUGGACCAGAGGAUGCUACAUUAAAAAAUGAUUUAAAACAAUAUUUUGAGAAUGUCAAUUUUGUGAAACCUGCAUCAUCCAGAUCUGAAUCAAGUGAAGUUUAUGUAUUAGCAGAGGGUUUUAAAUUAUAA